CUGGCCUCGGAAACAGGGCGGCGCCGCGGCGCGGCUGAUGGCGCUCAUGCGUCACCGCUCCACCUUCAAUGUGCGCGGCGUUUGCAUGUCCCCUCCGUGUUCGCGUGGGUUUCUUGCAAGUGCUUCGGGGUUCUCCUACAGUCCGGAGCCAAGAGUAUCAGGAGAUCAGGGCUAUGAUUGGAUGGUGGGACCUUUAAUACAGCCAAUCAAAAUCGGAGACCAUCUUCUGUCAGAGUACCCACGAGCGCUUCGUGUUGAUCGAGGUGCUCGCGCGGCCGCGCUCGAGGGCCAACAGGAGGCGAGCUCGCGCUUGGGCUUCAGCAGCUGUCCAGCGUCGUCGCUAAAAAACUUACUACUUCACUUAUGUUUUAAAGUGCGCAAAUAUAACUUGAACACUUUGUCAGAUGAAAUCUCACAGAAAUGAAUAUUAAUUUGAUGCAGGUAAGUUAGUAGACAUCAGGUAAACUGAGGUGGUGAAUAGAAGCGAGGGGGAUCUGAAUCUCCUCAGGUUCCUUCAACUGGUUAUAAUAAGGUCGGUUCAGCGACACAAUGACAAUGGUCUCUAUUUUGGAAAAAAAAAUAUUUAUUGCUACAAGUGUUGUUUUUAAAAUGCUAAUGAAAAAUUUUGAGCAAUGUGACAGUCCAUUAGAUGGCUGACAAAACAUAAAUUAACCUUCCACAGUCCUGAGGUAACCUUGACUUAAAAUAUUUAUCUGGUUAUACAUUCUCUGCAGUUGCAUAAAAUUAAUAUCUGAUAUUAAUGUCUUGAGUCAAUGCCUUGGUAGUUUUACAUGAACACAUUUUUUUUAAUUCCGUAAUGCCCUUAAAUGUUGAGGGGAAUUCUUUUUUCUCAUGGUUUCUUAAUAUGUUUUAAAACGGUCCUUUAGCAAGUGUACAACCCAAAACCAGUCUAACUCAGUAAGUGGUUAUUUUUGUAAAUGAAGGAGCGUAAAAUUUGCAUAAAUACCAAAAAUGUAUGUAAACUACAAAUGCGUAUGUCCCGUGUAGUUUAAUAUGUACACAUAAUAUGGACUGUAAACAAAAGUGUUAUUUGCCUUAAAAUGUGGCACCUCAACAAAAUAUAAUGUGUUUAUUCAGAGUAAUACCUUCAUUUAGUGGUUUGAUGGGUUUUUUUUCUCCCCAGGCAAAUAAUGUUAUGAAAAGUAAAAUCACUGUGACUGCGACUGAGGGAAAGAUGGCUUUAGGAGGUUACCAGAGUUUGGCUCCAGGUUCUGAUGACUUUGCUUCCCAGGCAGUUUUAAAUGGAGAGAGAAGUAGAAUCCUACAGUCCUUCUCAUCCUCAACCGCUUUCUCUAAGUUUUUAUCACCAGAGGAGUCUUCACUGACCUCUACUGCAUGGGCUGCGCAGGAUGAUCCAUAUGAGAUGAUGGAUUUUGUCCAGAACUAUGCUAACAACAGGAAUUGCGGACAUGGAAAUGGAUGUGGAAGUGAUUCAGAUCUGUAUGGCUUAGUGUCAGACAUUCUGGAAGAGUCCAAUGAAAAGGAUAGCUACUUUGCAGAUAUGACACCAUCAGAAUUAGCAUCUGUCUGGUCACCUAAAUCGGUGAAGAAAGGCAGUCAGCAAUACUUGCAGUCAGGAUCGAACGUUCAGUCAGUUUCCUCCUUUGCGCAAGCAGCAGUGUACCAUAAUCUAAGCAGCAGAAGUCAGGUUCAGCUAAAGAACACAGAUUCUAAUCAGAGGAAAGAGUUGCAGCAACAUUUCAAUGGUUUUGAUUUCAACGACCAGUGGCUUUUCCCUCCUACCACCAGAGAUAUUGAUUCAUGUCCACUGCCGACCCGGGAUGUGCAGACUGUUACUGGUUUUCUUCCAAAUUCUAGUCCUGGUGCACCUGACUACAAUGCGGCAGGAAAAGAUGAUGGGUUCUGUCCUGUAAACUCUUCUUCUAAUUCUUUGCAUUGGCCUGUACCCUCUGGGUAUUUAUCAAACAACAUGACUGAUAAGUUCUUUAAUCCCCAUUCUGAUUACUCAAACCAUAACCAAGUGAAACAUAGCAGGAAUGGACAGUUUUCAGUUAAGAAGGAGAUUAACUUAGUUGAUGACAUGCAGGGGCUGUUAGUCACUAAUGAGGAUGCUUACAGUAGCGAAUGCCAGGACAGACCUUUGGGACAGAGGUAUUACGAAGACCAUAUUUCUCAGCAGAAUGAUUUUGGAUGCUCUAAAAUGCAGACCACUGCAGGCCAGAUACACAGGUUUAAAAAGGAGCUGGGAGAAAGCUUUAAAGAUUAUAGGGCACCUGAUUCUGUAGUCAAGAUGCGGUCACUACCAAGUGCUUUUUGCAUGAUGGACUUCUCAGAGUACAGGCAGCAUCAUUCUGGCCAUUUUCCACAGCCAGAUGUCCUUCCAGAAGCUUUUAGUCAGCUACCACCCUUUCCAGACAAACAUGCAAUGCAAAUGCCUAAUCAUACUGUAGGAUAUGUGAUGGAGUAUGUUCCCCAUCACAGUCAAAUAAUCCAAUACCCAAAUCGGCUCGAGCAAUUGAAGGGAAUUUCUGAUAUCAAUCCUAAUUUGCUCUCGCAAUCUUCAGCUCCUGAGUUUUUCCCACAGGAUUUUUUGCCAAUGCAAAGAGGUUCAGAGCACCUGGUAGUUAACGGUCUGGGGGUUGGUCAGAACCUGUAUGCCAGGAAUGCCGAAAGUCAGCUUGGGCUAAGUCUGGAUGAGUUCAUAGAGGCAGGUGAUGACAGUAAAUGUGAGCUGGAACUGGAGAAUCAUACGCCGCACACCAGCUUUGCCAAUAUGCUGUGCUCAGUUCAGCAUGUGGAGGGAAAGAUAAAACCAUCAACUGGCAACUCAAGAGGAGGGGACAAGAAACAAGGAUUUCUGCAGAAUCCGUACCUCUCUGGAAGUGUUAAUGGUUUCCACAGGCAGGGUCGUGGAAACAGAGCGAACACUUCAGGAAAGAUUCAGCCAUCCCCCUUUUUACCGUACAUAUACUCUGUGGGUGACUUAAGACGUACCCCACAUGAGUUGCAGUUGAACUCUGGAGAUUUGCCCGCAAGGUCUACUUUGUUGCACAGUAAUGCUGCAAAGCUCAUGGAUCGGUGCGACUUGCUCCCGGACAGUGAGUGUACAUCCUUUAACCCCUACCUUCCUGAUGCAACAGGCAGAGUCACGCCGCCUGAUGGAGUAGCACCUACUCUGACAUACUCGCUAGUAACGAACAACCACAGGUCUCCCACAAUGCAGCUCUACCAUUAUCUUGAAAAGUCCCGUGAACAGCUGAAACUAUUGGAAGAAGAGAGGAAAACGGCAGAGAACAUUCUUGCAAGAAGUUUCCCUGGAAAGCAAAUCUCAGUGGUGAGCAGCAGUCCACUUCCAAAGGUCCCAUCAAAUGCAUCUCGAGUCGACCGUCUUAUUGUGGACCAGCUACGUGAGCAAGCAAGGGUUGCAAGUGUUUUGAGAAAUGUAGAGCAUCUGUACAGCUUCCCUCUCCAUGCUAAUAUUUAUGCUGCACUGGAAAGACAUCUUGACGCUAUUCACGUUGUGCAGGCUCAUCGUAAAGAGGAGUGUGUCAAUUCAGUAAUGAGACAAAGACAAGGAGUUCGUUAUUUUAGAGAGGAUAGAGACAUCCUGUUGCUGUCUGCUGCAUUAAAAGACUUAUAUGGAUCCACGAGGAAGUCCCGCACUGCUCUUUGGUGCACAGUCCAAAUGACACUGCUGAAAACUGCCAGUCCCAACGUGGAGGAGCAGCCAAGAACAGAAUCUUGAAAGGUUGUGCUUCUCUUCUGGUUGGUGUCAAACUCUUGUUCCUUUGGUUUAUAUCAGUCAAGUAUGAAUUUAAAACAAUAGUUACACAUUCGAGAUGAAUGCAUUGGACAAGCAGAAUGGUCAGUUCAUGUUCUGUUUAACACACAAUGUCGCUAUAUAAAUAUUUGAGCUAGUUCAUAAUCACUGCAAGGGAACAUAUUUACUAUGCUUUACUACAUAAAUACAGUUAUGAAAAUUGGGUUUAUGGUCCUGUACUAGGCAAUAAAUAAUUGUUUAAUUGCCACCCAUGAAACAAAUAUCAAUAUAAAAUAAAAACUACAUUCCAUGUUGACAUGGAAUAUAGUAAUACAUUUUAUGACAAUGUAAUGAUUACAGUCCGGCUAAAAUAAUAUUUAAAAAAAGUCAUUAGAUCUGUUUAAUUUUUGAUUUGUUUUGCACUAGAUAAAAAUAAUUGUGCCUUGUAAUUUCUUUCACAAUAAUCAGCUAUUUGCAAAUUCACAACAUUUACCAUUGUUAUUUUAUUUUUAAUUGUUAAGAUGUGGGAUGACAGUCUGAAGAAUCUUGUUCAUGUUGCAAAAAAUCUUAUAAAGUAGGUGCAGACUCAUUGUAGCCAUCUGCAGUUAGUGUUUCCAGCAGUCGGCGAACAGGAUGAGGGAAGAGCUGCUUCACGGAGAGCGGGAGGGAAAGACAAAGGUGUGUCGAUGAGCAGUGCAGUGUGUGUGCUGCACAGGCUCUCUUCCACAGACAGCUCCCCCUCUUGGGAUAAAGUUAGAGACGAUACCGAAUUGGUUAUUUGUCAGGGGAUGUGUUCAGACCGUCCUGCCUCACCACCCCGUGCUAUGCCAGACCGGGUGUGCUGUAGCAGAAUUAAUAUUUUCUGUGGAGUUUAUCAUAAAAACAGGAAAGAUGAUCAAGUUAAAUCGUUUAAUAUAUGGGAAUUAAUUACAGCUUAAAUGUUAAAUAUAGCUUCAGUAUGAGUUUUUUCUUUCAAGUUUGUUGUACCAAAUUAUUCCGAUUUUUUUGCAUAGUUCAUGUA